UUUCCACUUCCGGCAUUGUCAUUGAAUGUCAUAUUUGUAGAAAGCAUUCCGAAUCAACGAGACCGUGCAUGUAUUGCUUGUAGUCUGUAGAAAACGUUAAUAGAGUCCUCUGCAAGUCCAGCAUUCUCAAUACCAGAACCUUAGCAUUAGCCUGUAGAUGCGUCGUAGUUUUAUAAUAAUCUCACUACGCGGAGCUUGUAUUUCGUUCGUCUGCCGUCGCAAAUUCUAGUUGUGGCUUCAACGGUGAAGUCGCUGUUUCCACUUUUUGUGCAGCCAAUUAGUGUUAUAAGGUCGGAUUGUGAUACGAGGUUUGAGAAUCCGGCACUGUUAGAUUUUUCAUAUGUCGGAUAAAAAAGCAUACCCUGUUGCCGCAGGGCAACCUCCUGCUGGCUAUGUGCCUGGGCCCCCUCCUGCAGCUUAUGGAGUCCCAGGGGCUGCCCCCUAUGGGGUUUUCCCCUCGCAAGCCCAGUUGUACGCAGCUGCCGCGGCAGCCCAAGGGCCACCCCCCACGUACGACCAGUCGCUGCCACACCCAGCUGCUGUCAACCAGCAGGUGGCAUAUUCCACAGGGCUGUCACAGAUGUAUGCAGCCCAGGGUGCAGCUGCAGCUCAGAUGUAUGCAGCAGCUGCUGCCCCAGGAUAUCCUGGGUACUUAGGGUACCCGGCCUACAGCCCGAUGCAGGCAGCUGCCUAUUACCCAUCUCUGGCUGCAUAUUCGUAUCCAGGGAUGCAACCGGCACAACUGCGGCCCACAAUCAUGGUGCCUAAUAGCUUUGAUGCUGGAGCUCGUUUUGAUGGCAUUGCGCAGCCAGUUCUGCCACCAGCCCCCCCUGGUGUAGCUCCAAAUGCUGCCCAGCUAGCAGCCAUGGCUGGCCAUAAUGUGGCCCUAACACAAAAGAAAGGAUCGUUCCUGGCUGGAGGAAGUGAUGGAGGCUACACUUUCUGGUAGAUAUGCAGAGGAAGUAACAGCUGGUAACACUGUGGUUAUUGCACAUGCUCAUGGAAAGAAAAGAUGGAAUGCAGGUGUUGACAACAGGUUUUUGCCUGACUUCUGUGCCACUUUGCUGUCUAAAUUUUUUGGUACCAAAGUAAUUGCUUUGAUAUGUAGUGGUGCUUGCUAUUACUUCAAAAAAAGAAAAAAUAAACAAAAAAUAAUUGUUGUUGUUGUUUAUAUAGGACCUACUGGAAUUCUAUGCUAGGUUUGGCUUAGUAUUUAAAAAAUUCUUUGUUAUGUCAAAUAAUAUUGGAGAGACUUGAAAUUUCCUUAUUUCUCUAGUCCUGAUGCAAAAUAGCUUGAUAUUCAUCAGGUGAAUAGUGUUUUUGUUUGAAAAAUGGAAGGUACUAGCAUUGAAUGUCAAAGGCUCUCUUGUGCACUAGCUACUCUCAUUUACCAUCUCUUUUGAAAAUUCAUUUAAAUUCAGAAACUCAAUUAUUAUGAUGGAGUAAAAGAUAUUGAAACAGAUUGGGAAAUAAGGUGGGGUAAUUUGAAUUUGUAGUAAUUAUUGUGAAGGUUCAGUUACACAGUUUAUGCCUGUGUCUAAUAACAAAAAAAUUUUGAUGAUUGUGAUUUUCCCAUUAUACUAGCAUUUCAGUGACAGUCGUAGAUGUUUUUUAAAAACUGCAGAUGAUAAAUUUUUUCUGCUCAUUAAGAAUUACUUUGUCACCAUUCUUUAAACUUUCUUCAAAAGUGCCUUUUGAAGUGUCAAAGAAAUGAUUAUGUUGGUAGUGUAACAUUGAAUCACCAUUCAUGAAAUAUCUAUCUUAACUAUUAAAUUCUUGGAGAAAACUAAAUUAACUUCAAAUACAAACAUGAUCUGCUGAUUUGUUAUUAAUGCCAAUAAUAAUACCUGAAACCUAGCUGGUGAAGAAUUUAAAAUCUUAAAGUAAAAUAACAUCCUUUUGCUUCUUAGUCUUUUUUUUGGGAUUUUUUUGGGGAGGGGGGUGUUAUUUCAAUAUUGUAAUAUUUUGCAUUUAUUCUAUGGACUUGAAGUACAUAUUUCAGGUUUUAUUCUAUAAUUAAGAUCCUUGUAGUAUUGGAACAAGUGUGAAUGUAAUAAUUCUCUAAAACACAAGAGAAAGUCUAAUUAUAUGAAAUUGUUAAAGUUAAAAAAAUGUUGAAUUGUUUUUAAUAAGCUGCAAAGCAGUGAAAUCAGGUGGUAGAACUUAACAGUGAUAUCCUUGAAUAUAUUAUAUUAUAUUUUUGUAAAAUAGUUUUGUGCCACAAGCCUAUUCCUCAAAUGUAUCUGACUUGAAAUAUUUGUUCUUUCUGAAAACUGUCAUUUUUUAAAUCCUGUAUUUACUUAUUUGCAUUGUUUUUUGUUAUUUCUUGUCUGUUACUCAUUAAAUUGUUUGUUAUUUACUUACAACCAGUGGAACAUCAUUAAUAAUAAUAAUAAUAAUAAUAAAAAUUUGCUUUGCAUGGGACUUUAGAGCUGCCCGUGUGAUCUUAGUGUUUAAUUGUUUAGGUUCAGGUAUGCAGUAUAUUGUUAAUGUUUUCUCUCGAAUUUUGUUAUAAUGUAAUUACAAGAAGUCCUGUAUUGUCAUUUAUAUAUUAAAGCAAACAUUGGUACCAAAGUCUGUGAUCUGUUUCUAGUAUACAUGUAGAGACGCAAAGUGGUGAGAAGUUGGCGUUAGAAGAGAAUACAAUUGCAGUGAACGUGAGGAAAAAAAACACAAAAAGGCUAUAUAACAUAAGUCUUAUUGUUUCUUGUAACCCACAUUGAGGUAAGAUGGUGAAAUAUUUGCUCCUAACAAGGAUACCAACAAAUAUUUCAGCUUUCUUCAGUGUGUAUUUCUGUAGCUUUAAUAUAUUAUUGAGUGAAGUAGUGAGGUAAGAGAUACUCACUAGAUAACAGAAGCAAUGUGAAAAGUUUUCGGAAGGAUGUAGGCAACAAAGUAUGUUGAAAAAGAUUGUCUAAAUUUAUUGACGCUUCUAUCCUUUGGAUUAUCAUUUAAAUAUGCUAUCAUUUUAUCUCUAAAGAAAUUCUAUUGUUAUAAAAACAUUAAUUAAUAUUCCUAAUCAAUUUUACUUGUAAAGUAACGUGGAACUCAACAAAAGAAAAGCUGCCAUUAAAACAUUGAAGAUUUAUCAGCAUUCUUCCAAUAUUGGACACAUGUUACCCUUUAUAUUUUGUUACAAAAGAGUCUUAAGUUUCAUAAAUUAUAGUUGUACAUUCCUAUUUCAAUCAUUGACUGCAGGAGAAAAAUACAUUUAAAAAGCAACUUUUCAUAUCUUAUUUUUCCAAAUAGUUUUUUAUACUAGUAUUUUCUGGUGAAUUUCUUUUCUUUUAAUUUCUUUUUCCCUCUUUCCUCGUUUUAUACAAUAAAAUAAUGAAUUUUGUAACUAAUUUUUUCUCAAUGGAAUAUAUUUGUUCUGAAAAAUUAGAGUACUCUUUUGUAAUGCUACUCUUCUAGCUACCUUACAUUCCCGGAAAUUAGAUGUAGAAAUUUAGCAACUGGUCGGUAUAUAAAUAUUGGAAUUUAUCGAAAGACAUGAUGGAUCCACAUUACUGAGAAAGUGCACAAUUCCCUGAUUGUUACAUGAAUGAAAGGGUAUUCAUUGAAGUAGCGGUAACUAAGAGCGCAUCCCUGGAACAAGGCUGUAGAAAUGAACAUUCUGUGACUGAUCAAAUGUAAAAGAUUUGAUAAUUGCAUGUGAAUACACAGGUGACAUGACACAUUUUACCUAAAAGAAAAAAUCUGCAUUUUUAGAAAUGUUUGGGGCUUUCUUUAAUGUCUAGUGGUAAACCCUAUAAUUGGACAUUCUUAUCAGAUGACAUUUUGAAUUGAAAAUUUUAUUCUUAAAAACUGUGAACUCACAUCAAUAUUAAUUUGGUUUUAUUGCACUUACCUUCACUUUGGCAGAUAUCAUUUCAGAAGGAUGGAUUUGUUAAACAAUUACUCCCUUUUGGUUAAAACUACCACAACAGUUGUAUAUGUUGUGAAAUUCUGAUGAAAAGUAGCUUCAACUAUUACAGAUAGUAAUAUCUUCUGUAAUGUUUAUUGCAAAUUGUAUGAAUUAUUCUUCUACAAGAUGCUUAGAGGCAGUAGAGAAGAGGGGCCAGUAUAAUACAAUUUGACCUGUCAACCACUCUUCAUUAAGUGUGUGCAAUUCUUCGGAUAUGCAAUUUAAAUACACAUUUAAAAAAUGUUUUUGCAAGACUUAUUUAGAAAUAUUUCUUUGUGCUAUUCCUUUCCAAGAAAGAAUUAUUUAUACUGUAAAGAUUAAUUGGUUUAAAAUUUUGUUAGUUUCAUUAAUGUGAAAUAAAUCCUUCAACUAGCUAGAUAGCAGUGUGCAGAGAUUAAUUAGAAGUUAAUUACUUUUAAAGAAUCUUACACCAUUGUUCUACUGGACAUACGGGACAGAUUUGGUGAAUGUGCAUUACUUCAAAAGUAAAUAGUAUGUAGAACUGAUGACAACAUGACAAAAUAAAGGCUAUAAUUAGUGUAUGGAACAUCAUACCUAGAUUUUGACAAGUUUUUAUUGAGUGUAUCACAACACCAAUUUCUCUUGAGAAUGAUACCCUCUUGAUAAAGAGACUGACAUUGUUGAACUUUUUUCUCCCAACUGCAUUAAUGUGGAGAUCAUUUGGCACACUGUGAGGUCAUUAAACUGUUAUUUUUUACAGCAAUAUAAGUAUCCCUCAAGUUCAGUUAUUUAUACUUAAUUAAAAAGCAGAUUUUUGUUCUUGGUAAAAGUGUCCUUGAAAGAGAAACUUCACAACAAAAUGUGUCAAUGUGUCCUAUUUAUACAGUUCAAUAUUAUGCACAUACAUACAAGUAAGCAAACAAGUAAAUUAUAGGUGCAAAGUGGUGGCAUUCUGUUAUUAAAUGAAUUAUACAAGCAGUAUCCACUGCCUUAUGAUUUCAUUGUUUGGAAGCAAUGUAUGUGUACAUUGAUUUAUGUAACCAGAAAAUGUACUGCAGCUCUGUUAUAAAAAAAUUGAUUUCUUGUAUUUAUUUUUUCUCAACAUCCUUUUUUUUCUCUCUCUCUCUCUCUCUCUUUCUUUUUUCACACAAGUAUACACAAGUCCCAGACCUAGUCCUGAGAAUUGCCAAUGCCUUGUUGCAGGGUACCCAAAAAAUAAAACAAACAAAAGAAAAAAAAAUACCUUGUCGGUUUUGGUAUCGUUUUUCAAUAAGCAAAACCACUGGGUGUAAAACAAGUAUGUUCUCAUUCCUUACUUUUCAUAAAAAGGAAUGCAGUUGAAAAUGUGGUUUGUUUGAGCUGUUUAUCAUUCAGGAGAAACUUCUUAGUUGUAAGUCUUGUACAUUUGUAGGACAUGUUAGUAUAUUCUUCAAUAAAUUUGUCAUUGAAGUUUCGGAGCAAGUGUGAAUAAUAAUUUCUAAUGGGAAUGAGCCAACAUACCUGUUACAAAAGACCGAAAACUUGCCUUAACGUGAUAUUUUAUUGUGAAACUUUGAAUUUCCUAUGGAAUACCUGCAAAUGAAUUAUCAGUGUGCUGAAUUAUGAAAUUUGCACGUGUUCAGUGCAAACAGGUGCUCUUUUGCAGCAGGCAUGUCCACUGUACAAGCCCUCACAAUUUGAUUCCAUUUACGUUAGACUUUAUUUAAAGAAGGAAUGUAGGUGCCCAAAGACAUUUGUUGAACAUAUCUACUUUUGCAUUUGUUUGCAUCAGUGCUUGAACCUAAUGUUGCAAAGUAUUGCAACAGAUGUACUACAUAUUUUAAACAAUUUGAAGUGUUGAGAAGUUGUUAAUAGUCAUUCUGGUGGGUGCAGAUUUUUAAGUGGUUUUCAUAAAACACGUGAAGACAGCAUGAAGUCUUGUAUCUUGUAAAGUGAAAUGUAUUUAGGCUCCACCAUGAUGUGAAGUAAUAGAGGAUGACUGCAGCUUUAUUUUAUUUGAUUUGUAUUUUUUUCUUCUUCCAAAGCACAGAAGUGUUUGGAUUGACCAGCUAAUAUUUUACUGAAGCUGGUUUAUUUUAUAUUGUAUUGCUUUACUGCUUAGUUCAGUGAAAGAAGUUUGAAACAGUGAUGUGCAAAAUAGUAAACUUUAAAUGACUAUAAUGAACUUAAAAAACUUCAAGAAAGUGUUAACAAAUUAUAAGCAAUGAAAUUUUCUUAAAUCUGAGGAAUGAAAUGUGGAGUGAUCUGUUUAUUAGUGAGCGAGGAUGGUGGUGAAAGUUGUGUAAAUUCGCUUUUUAUUUUAUUUUUAUUUUCAAAAAAAAAAAAAUAUUCCCAGGUUUUGAAAGUUAAUAUACUAUAAAAUGCGGAAUUAUUUCAGUUCUUUGUGGAAAGGAAGAACUUGUAAUGCAUUUUAUGUAAUUGUUGAUUCAAAACUACAUGACCCAAUUUGUGCUAAUUUCGUAAUCAGUUUGAUAAUCUUUAAUUUUGUGGGACCAAUUCCAUAAAAUAUGUGGGAUAGGUCCCUCUUCAGCAGGCUUUUGUUCCAUGAUACUGCAAUGUUUGGAAUAUUACUUUGGGUAAACCACAAUCCCAAGAAAUGCAUAUGUUUUGUGUAUUCAGAAGAGGGCUCCUUAUUUGGACUGUAUACUUAUACAGUGUUUUUUCUUGUUGGAAUGCCUGUCUGUUGAGGUGAAUAUGAACAAACAAGUCAAAUUGUGAUAUAAUUUCAAUAAAAGCUCAGCUGGUCUGUGUACUGUAUACUAGAGCAGAGUUUCUCAACUAUACUGAAACAUCAGUGCAUUGUUGUGUAAUAUUCCCUCCCCUAAUGAUAUUAGAUUAUACUCAUUUGUCUCAACCUUCAUUACUACUCUCCUUCUCAUUUUUCCCCCCUCUGUUUUUUCAGUUUACACCCAACACCCUCUGUCAUUUAAAGCUUUUAAUUUCUUUGUUAAAGGAGGCUAAUUAUGCAUGCUGCAUUAUGAAUACUUUAACCCUUCCCUUUGUGUUUCAUUUACUGUAUAAAAAACUAUAGCUUUCUACAUUUCAUAACAAAAGCAACAAAAAAAACUAACUAACAACUGAAUGUCUUACAAAACUUUCUGAACUUCUGUGGCAGUUGUAUCAUUCAAUUACUUCAUGAUUCAUUAGUUUUGUGAUGUUUUCGUUAUUAGUUUAUUUUCUUUACCUCUUGUGAAACAAUGCACUGUGUUUGAAUGUUCUUCCCAUGAAUGUUGUGUGUUUUGUUGUUUUUUGUUACUAUUCCUUUAACAUACUUCAUUGUAAAGCUACUAGUAAGUUGUAUUGAUAAGAGACCUUUUGAGGCAGCUUAUAUUUGUAGAUACUUUGGUUCCCUUAAGAGGAAAAUGCUUCAAGUGGUAUUUUAUUUAAUAUAACAUUUUGAAAGUUGUACACCACUUUAAAAUCUUAUCUUAUUCUAUUAUUUCCACCUGUUUUUCUCAGUGGAACUGUUGGGAAACAAUGCAAUCUCUGUGAAGAGAAGAAUUAUUAGAUAAUGAGAAAAUGCAAAUAGAAAAUGUGUUUAUUAGAGCAGAAUAGGAAAUGCAAAAGAACACUUGCAAAACUUCAACAAGAUACAAAAUUACAAAGUUUUCACCUGGGUAGUACAUUGAAAUGUUUAUAAAGUAGUAAAAGCGCAAGUUAUAUACAUUUAAUACAUUUUGUGUGUGUGGGAGGUAGAAUUUUGAAUAGUUAAUUAUCCAUGUCGUUUUUGUUGUUUUGUUGAUUUUAUAAAAAUAUGUAAAAUUUCACAUAAAAAGUUAACAUAUCUGUUUCUUCUAUGUUUAUUAAAUCUAUUAUUUUCAUAUUCCAUUUUACUCCCCAAGUAUUGUGGGUGAGUAUUGGUUUUAUAUCCUCAAAUUGCUGCUAUAAAAAGUGCUUUCUUUUUGGAAUCAACAUUUACUGGUGUAUGCCUUAUGUGGGGGCUAUUUCUUACUAGUAAAACAAAAAAAAUUACAAAUAAUGAAAAUGUUUCUCUCCUUUGUGUAAUUUAGAGGUAAAAUUCUUUUACUCUUAGUAUUCAGAUGGUUGUUUUCAUUUUAUUGAAUAUUUCAUAACAAGUAGCCUGUGCUUCAUCUCCAUAUACAAAAUGGAUGUAAAUUCAACUGUUUUAUAAUGUAACUGGAACAAGAUAUUUAUUAAUUUCUUCGCAAAUGAAGUUGUACUUAUGUUGUACUUACUUAGUAUGGAAGUUGUUUAAUUUGGAAGAAGUUAUAAUGAAGUUGAUAAGAUGUUCCCUGUUUCCUUCAUGUCUUUUUUUGCAAAAACAAAAAAAAUCACCUGUAAGAAAAGGUCAAAAAAGGCAGUGCCAGAGAUUCUUUUAUUUUUAGAUGGGGGACAAAUUAAAAAAUAUAAUGUAACAAGUAUGUAAAGUGAAUAUUCUUAUUGUAUUGUACAAAUUAAUUUGAAUUCAAUAGUUGAUAUAAAUUUUGUUUGAUUGAAACCAGUGUAGUUAUUUGUAGAAAUUGUUCUGAGUUUUGUUUUUGGAUUGAUUUUAUAUUUAUGUUUGUGGUAUGCAUUGCAAUAUAUUCUUACUGGGCUUCUUUUUGAAAGACAUGGUGCAUGCCAUUAUUCAAUGAGAAUAAAAAUGUAAUCAAUUAA